GCCUCGUAGUGGGGCCCAGCAUGGUCAUGGCGGAUGGCCCGAGGCACUUGCAGCGCGGGCCGGUCCGGGUGGGGUUCUACGAAAUCGAGGGCACGCUGGGCAAGGGCAACUUCGCCGUGGUGAAGCUGGGGCGACACCGGAUCACCAGGACGGAGGUGGCGAUAAAAAUAAUAGAUAAAUCUCAGCUGGAUGAAGUGAACCUUGAGAAAAUCUACCGAGAAGUAAAAAUAAUGAAACUGUUAGACCACCCUCACAUAAUCAAACUUUAUCAGGUAAUGGAGACCAAAAGCAUGUUGUACCUUGUGACAGAAUAUGCCAAAAAUGGAGAAAUUUUUGACUACCUUGCUAACCAUGGCCGGUUAAAUGAGUCUGAAGCCAGGCGCAAAUUCUGGCAAAUCCUGUCUGCUGUUGAUUACUGUCACGGUCGGCAGAUUGUGCACCGUGACCUCAAGGCUGAAAAUCUCCUGCUGGAUAACAACAUGAAUAUCAAAAUAGCAGAUUUCGGUUUUGGAAAUUUCUUUAAAAGUGGUGAACUGCUGGCAACAUGGUGUGGCAGCCCCCCUUACGCAGCCCCAGAAGUCUUUGAAGGGCAGCAGUAUGAAGGACCACAGCUGGAUAUUUGGAGCAUGGGAGUGGUUCUUUACGUCCUUGUCUGUGGAGCUCUACCUUUUGAUGGACCAACUCUUCCAAUUUUGAGGCAGAGAGUUUUAGAAGGAAGAUUCCGGAUUCCAUAUUUCAUGUCAGAAGAUUGUGAGCACCUGAUUCGAAGGAUGUUGGUCCUGGACCCGGCCAAACGGCUGACCAUAGCGCAAAUCAAGGAACAUAAGUGGAUGCUCGUGGAAGUUCCCGUUCAGAGGCCUGUUCUUUAUCCACAAGGGCAAGAAAAUGAGCCGUCCAUCGGGGAGUUUAAUGAGCAGGUUCUGCGAUUAAUGCACGGCCUUGGAAUAGAUCAACAGAAAACCAUCGAGGCUUUGCAGAACAAGAGCUAUAACCACUUUGCUGCCAUUUAUUACUUGUUGGUGGAGCGCCUGAAAUCACACAGGAGCAGUUUUCCUGUGGAGCAGAGACUUGAUGCCCGCCAGCGUCGGCCUAGCACCAUCGCCGAACAAACAGUUGCCAAGGCACAGACUGUGGGGCUCCCAGUGACCGUGCAUUCACCCAGCGUGCGAGCGAUGCGAUCUGCCCUCCUCCCACAGGCAUCCACCGUGGACGCCUUCGCGUUUCCCGCAUCUGGCUGUCAGGCAGAGGCAGCGUUCAUGGAGGAAGAGUGUGUCGACACUCCAAAGGUCAACGGCUGUCUCCUGGACCCUGUGCCUCCCGUCCUGGCAAGGAAGGGGUGCCAGUCCCUGCCGAGCAACAUGAUGGAGACCUCCAUUGACGAAGGGCUGGAGACCGAAGGCGAGGCCGAGGAAGACCCCAGUCAGGCCUUCGACGCCUUCCAGUCCACACGCGGCGGGCAGAGGCGGCACACGCUAUCGGAAGUGACCAAUCAGCUGGUCGUGGUGCCUGGUUCAGGGAAAAUUUUCUCCAUGAGUGACAACCCCUCCCUUGACAGUGUGGACUCUGAGUAUGAUAUGGGGUCUGUUCAGAGGGACCUGCACUUUCUUGAGGACAACCCUUCCCUCAAGGACAUGAUGUUAGCCAACCCGCCCUCACCCCGCGUGACAUCUCCCUUCGUGAGCCUGAGACCUGCCAACCCCGCCAUGCAGGCCCUGAGUGCCCAGAAGCGCGAGGCCCACAACAGGUCUCCAGUGAGCUUCAGAGAGGGCCGCCGGGCGUCAGACACCUCCCUCACCCAAGGAAUUGUAGCAUUUAGACAACAUCUUCAGAAUCUGGCUAGAACCAAAGGAAUCCUAGAGUUGAACAAAGUGCAGCUGCUCUAUGAGCAGAUGGGCUCAGAAGCAGACCCCAGCCUGGCCUCUCCCGCCGCUCAGCUCCAGGACCUGGCCAGCAGUUGCCCGCAGGAGGAAGCGCCUCCGCAGCAGAAGAGCGUUUCUGCGCUCCCCGGGGACAGCGCACACCCGCAGCUCUCCCAGCGCCACAGCCUGGAGGCCCAGUACCUGCAGCACCGACGCCAGAAGCCCAGCCUUCUGUCAAAAGCACAGAACAGCUGUCAGCUUUAUUGCAAAGAACCGCCACGGAGCCUGGAGCAGCAGCUGCAAGAACAUAGACUCCAGCAGAAGCGGCUCUUCCUCCAGAAACAGUCCCAGCUGCAGGCAUAUUUUAAUCAGAUGCAGAUAGCAGAGAGCUCGUACCCACAGUCCCUUCCCCACCAGGAGACGCCGCCGCCCUCCCAGCCGCCGCCGCCUUUCAACCUGACCCAGCCCCUGAGCCCCGUCCUGGAGCCAGCUUCCGAGCACAUGCCGUUCAGCCCCUUCCUCAGCCCGUACCCCGAGAUGCGGCUGCAGCCGCUGCCCGCCUCGCCGGGGGCCCGCGGGGCCCCGCCGCCCCUGCCGCCGCCGCCGCUGCAGCAGCAGUCGCGGGGCGCCCCGGCCCCCUUACAGUUCUAUCAGACUUGUGAGCUGCCGGGCGCGUCCGCCCCGGAGCCCGAGCACCCCGCUCCCGGUCAGUACCCCGCGGAUGGAACCCCGCAGAGUGGCUUGGACGGGCCGGACUGUCCCAGGAGCUCAGGACUGCAGGAGGCCCCCUCCGGCUACGACCCUCUGGCGCUCUCCGAGUUCCCCGGACUCUUUGAUUGUGAAAUGCUGGAAGCCGUGGACCCACAGCACAGCGGCUACGUCCUCGUAAAUUAACCUCAGCUUCACAGGAAGUGAGGCGGUUUGGGUGAAAAGAGUGUUGUCUUUCUAUUUUUAUUCCAGCCUUUUAAAUUUAAAAGCUCGUUUUCCGCCCUCUCCCUGAUGGGGAAGAAGUCAAGUCACCCAACUGGAAUCGGAGGGCUGGCCAGCCAGGUGUCGCCUCCUGCUGGCUCUGCCCCACCGUGGUUUUCUGUGGCAAGUGCUGGAACGUGGUUGUCGGCUGCAGCUCAUGCCCUUAGGUCAAGUGGAGGGAGCUCUCAGCGGAGGCACCAACAAAAGUUUCAUAAGAAAAAGACCUAGGUUUUACACAGAGCUUUAUCAGUUCAUCAAGGGAAACCUCAGUGAAAGCAGGAAAAAGAAUAUGUGCCAUUAUAUGCAGGCAAAAAAAGGCAAUAUAUUUUUCACUGAAACCAAGCAACAGCAUGUUCUUCAAAGGCAAAUCAAGAAUACAUAUUGAAACUGAUGCACAGGAAAUAAAGUUGUACUUUGUCGCUGAAUCGUUAAGUUCUGAGCUGCUGAUGCACGGUGUCCCCAAGAUCACUCAAAACGGUGGAGCGUGAGCUCUGUUUCAGGGUCUACUGAGUCACAGCGGGUACUGACUCCUGAGACCGGCGGUCACCUCCAUCUGAGCAUGGGUGACACACCUCCUCAGGAGGGCCUGGCUUCGAGUGUCAGGGUAUCCCGAGAGCUCCCAAAGAUGUCACCUGUGGAACCAAGAGACAUGUGGCAGUGGAGACCAGGGGCAGGAAAGUCAAGAGUUGGUCAAGAGCAGCGGCCCGGGCCGGGGAAGACGGGCUCUUCCCGCACGGUCUUCUGUGGAGGCUUCCGGUUUGGGGCAGUUGGUCUGUCGAGGACCUCGUGUCUCUUUUAAAAAUGUAAUAACUACUUUGACUUUACACUAGAUGUUGCUAGUUGUUUAUUGAGCUUUGUAUAUUUGGACAGUUUCAUAUAGGGCUUAGAAAUUUUAAGGACAAGGAAAAAUGAACUUUUAUCUCCCAUGUGAAGUGGUAGUGCUGUGCCUUUCCCCUCCCCCAGAUCACGCUUUAACAAUUUCUUUUCUGUAGAAACCAACAGUUUUCCAUUUAUGUCAACGCUAAAUCCAAAGUCACUUCAGAAUUUGUUUUCCACCAUGUGGGAAUCACAUCCUUAAUUUCCUUAGAGUUUUGAUGUGUAAUGAAAUGUUCAAGUAUUACAGCAAUAUUCAGAAGACCACAGAUGUGUUAACCAUUUGAGUAGAUUCAUCUGCCAAACAUGAUAUAUUACUCAUACAACUGAACCCUUACAAUUCAGUCUUCAGAGUAGGUGAAAAAAGAUGCCACAGCUAGUUGACUGUGUAACCUAGAAAUAAUGAGUAAUCUGUCAUUGGGACAGUAAGAUCCAAGUGAUACAAAUUCAGUAUUAUUUACAAAGACUCUCGUCUCUGUCCCUUAGAAUGGCUUGUCCUGUGAGCAGAUGAACGCGUAAGCACAAAGCAUCUCCCUUAAAGCACAGAGAAGAGAGAUACUACACUGAUGCUGCAUCUAGAAAACACCCUUAAGGUGCCUUUCCUCUGUAGUGUGUGUCCAGGCAGGUGAGGAGGAGCGUGCAGGGUCUGCGGGUUCCGUGCCGGCUCCUCUGGGCGCUGGGACACUCCGCAGGCACUCUGCUCGGGGCUGGACUUGGUGUGAGCACGGGAGGGCUGUGUGGAGGACUUGUUUUUGUUUUUGGAUAAGACGCAGCAGAAACCCAAGAAGGAAGAAGUACGUUCCUUCUACGAAUUGUUUAUUCCUCCUCAUGCUUAAGAUGGAUGAUUUUGUGAAAUAGGCAACAUCGUUUUAAGAGAUCCUUUCAUUAAGAUCUCUAAUCUGUUCUAAGUUUUUGCAAAAUAAGCCAGUUGUAAAACAAGCUUGAUUUGUUUAGACUGAAGGGUGUUUUCCCAAAAUGUUCUACAGAAGCGCUAUAAUAUUUAUGAAAUUAAAAUGCCUUCCAGAUUGAAGACGGGGGCUGCUCAUUUCAGAGCCCCCAGGAUGGCAGUUACAGACCAGGCCAUGAGCCGCUGAGCCCAGGAAAGCUGGGGCUCCAGCAGGACCACUGGGCUGACGACCGGGGCAGCAGCGGCUGUGGAAGUGUCACGGCCCCGGGGGUGGGCCCUCGGGAGCACCCAGCAGUGCCCGGUCUGUUCAGACUGCAGACCGCGGGCGAGGAGCAUGACCCGUCCUGCUGGACUGUGUUGUAAGCUCCUGUUUGCUUUUCUCAUUUAUUUCAAGCAGAAAUCAAUAAAUUCCAUAACGAUCUGUAUUCUCUGAAAUGUAAGCUGGUGAGAGGAGACUGGUUCUGUUGUUCAGUCAGGCAUUUGCCCAGCCCCAUCUGACCAUCUCCUUUGCUCUGUCCCCUUACUAGUGACCUGUGUGAGUCUCCAAGC